AUGGGGAGGGUUCUGAGGAGUAAUGGAUGGGGAAUAUCAGUGUUAAUGGCAUUGAUGGUUUUGGUGUUUGUGGUGGGGAUAUGUGAAGGGAGGAGGUUGGAAAAGGAUGGGUUUCUUGGUGGGGGUGGUGGGUUUGGAGGAGGCGGCGGUGGAGGGCUAGGUGGAGGCCUUGGUGGUGGUAGUGGUGGUGGUGUUGGCGGUGGCUUUGGCGGCGGAAAAGGCGGCGGUGGUGGAAUUGGCGGUGGUGCUGGUGGAGGUCUUGGCGGUGGCGGUGGUGCCGGUGGAGGUUUUGGCGGUGGCGGUGGUGCCGGUGGUGGUCUUGGCGGUGGCGGUGGUGCCGGUGGAGGUCUUGGCGGUGGCGGUGGUGCCGGUGAGGUCUGGCGGUGGCGGGUGGUGCCGGUGUGUCUUGGCGGUGGCGGUGGUGCCGGUGGAGGUCUUGGCGGUGGCGUGUGUGCCGGUGGAGUCUUGGCGUGGCGUGGUGCGUGUGGUGGUGCUUGGCGGUGGCGGUGGUGCCGGUGGAGGUCUUGGUGUGUGGCGGCUCCUGGUGGUGCGUCUUGGCGGCGGCGCGGUGCAGGUGGUGGUCUUGGCGGCGGGCGGUCAGGUGUGGUCUUGGCGGCGGCGGCGGUGCCGGUGGUGUCUUGGCGGCGGCGCGGUGCCGGUGGUGGUCUUGGCGGUGGCGGCGGUGCUGGUGGUGGUCUCGGCGGUGGAGUGUGCCUUGGUGGUGUGGCGGAAUUGCGCGGCGGUGGCGCCGGUGGGGUGCUGGGCCGGUGGUGGGAUUGGAGGCGUGUCGGUGGCGCGAGCCCGGUGAGGAGUUGGCUCUGGCGGUGGUGCUGGGCCGGUGGUGUUGGCGGUGGAAAAGGAGCGGUGUUGGGCGGAGCUGGUGGUGAAUUGGGAGGUGGCGGCGGCGCCGGUGGGCAUUGGCGGUGGGUGGUGGCGCCGGUGGAGGUGCUGGGGCCGGGGGCGGAUUCGGUGGCGGCAAAGGUGGCGGAAUUGGCGGCGGCGUCGGUGGAGGAGCCGGCGGAGGUGCGGGCGGUGGAUUCGGCGGAGGCGCAGGUGGCGGUGCCGGUGGUGGCUUGGGCGGCGGUGGGGCCGGCGGCGGAGGAGGGUUUGGAGGAGGAGGUGGUGGCGGAUUUUAGUAAGUUUGCUUAA